AUGCCGAAGGCUCCGCGCGGUCUCUCCUCUGGCGCUAAGCCGCGGCGCUCGACGCGCGCUGCCCCCGUCGCUGACCCACCCACACUACCCCCCCACCCCCCCACGCAGCCGCAGCUGUCCCUUUGUCCCGUCGUCCCCGCCUGGGUUCGCCGUGACUGGUCCGACACUCCGCUUGACAUGCCCUCGUUUGUAGGCACGACGUGCCCCGCCAUGCAGCUCGACUGGGCUGCGCACAACGCCUCGGUCGCCAUCCACGACGUGUACACCUACUACGGCGGCGCGUGGGACACGGUGCGCGACCGCUCGCUCUGCGUGUACCUGGCGGUCUGCGAUGUUGUCCUCCAAAAGAAGCGUCAAGCGUCCAACGACCUCGGCGACGACCCGCUGCCGCCGUACCGCAAGUGGCUGGCCGCGCGCAAGGAUGACGUGCGCGACGUGGUUGCGCUCGCCCAGCGCGACUUUGUGCCGCUCGGCAUCGCGCUCGACUAUGGCGCGGCGUGUUCGCUGGCCCUCGCCGCGCUGCAGAUGGUGUAUGAGGAGGGUUACGACGCUGAGGGUGGCCCGACUAUUGAGGACGAAUAUCCGCCCCUCGACGUGCGUGCGUUCGGUGAGUUCCGUCCGCGCGCCGACAACAUUGCGCGGUACGGCCUGUUGGUGUGGAGCACCUCUGUUGGCAACGACUCCAACGAGGGAGGCGUCAAUGGCGAGCUGCGCGCUUGGAUCGAGAAGCACGGGUCGCUCGACGGCAUGUUUUCUUCCUUGGCCUCGCUAAAGGGCCUCCCGCCUUUCCCGCCCGGUACGCGCCCGCCGCCCCUCCCUGCCGCGGCCGACUGUGCAGGAUGGACUGUCUCAUAUCUCGAAGACCCGCCCGAGUUUGACGGCCCCCUGCCGUCCCUCGAGCAGCUCUGCACGCCCUCCCGUUGA